UAGAGAGAGUCAGAAGCCGGAGGAAGCACCUCCGGUGCGGAUCGCUCUGGCUGGUUGCUGCGUCCCGGGAGCUGGUGCCGAUGGACCCUGGCUCCUGAGAUUGCGGCUACUUGAAGCUGUUCGCCAGGACUGAAAAGGAGCACUGCGGGUCGAGAAAGGCGCAGCAAAGAACUAGGCUGGUUUUUCCCUGGUGAAGAGCGUCACGUCCCUUCCCCUAAGCAAAACCACUCCAAAAGGACCUAGGGAGCCCGUGGACUGCCCAGGCAGCAGACUGCUGCUAGUAGGAAGGAUUGAGUCACCUGGUGCUUGAGGAAAACAUGCCUCAGACUCCUCCUUUUGCCAUUAUGUUUGACAGCAGUGGUUAUAACCGGCCCUUGUAUCAGUCCAAAGAAGAUGGCUGUGAAGGAUUAUAUUACCAUGACAACAAUUUACUAUCAGGAUCCCUGGAAGCCCUCAUCCAGCACUUAGUACCCAGCAUAGAUUAUUAUCCUGAUAGAACAUAUAUAUUUACCUUUCUACUCAGUUCUCGUUUGUUCAUGCAUCCUUUUGAGCUAAUGGCCAAGGUUUGCCAUUUGUGCAUUGAGCACCAGAGGUUGAGUGAUCCCAGUUUGGACAAGAGCCAAAUUAGAAAAAUCACACCCAAAAUUCUUCAGCUCCUAACAGAAUGGACAGAGACAUUUCCAUAUGAUUUUCGAGAUGAAAGAAUGAUGAGGAAUUUGAAAGACCUCACCCAUCGAAUAGCCAGUGGCGAGGAGACAUACAGGAAGACUGUUCAGCAAAUAAUCCAGGCUCUGAUCCGAAAGCUCGCUACUCUCAGCCAGUAUGAGGAGGUCCUGGCAAAAAUCAACGCAACAGCCACAGAUCGGCUCACAGUUCUCAAAUCCAAGCCACAGUCAAUACAAAGAGAUAUAAUUACCAUCUGCAGUGACCCUUAUACAUUGGCACAGCAGCUGACUCAUAUAGAACUGGAGAGGCUCAAUUAUAUUGGACCAGAAGAAUUUGUCCAAGCCUUUUUGCACAAGGACCCUUUGGACAAUGACAAGAGUUGUUAUGAUGAGCCAAAAAAGACACGAAACCUAGAAGCUUAUGUGGAAUGGUUUAAUCGACUCAGCUACUUGGUUGCCACUGAAAUUUGCAUGCCAGUAAAAAAGAAGCACCGAGCAAGAAUGAUUGAAUAUUUCAUUGAUGUUGCCCGGGAGUGUUUCAACAUUGGCAACUUCAACUCCUUAAUGGCAAUAAUAUCUGGUAUGAACAUGAGUCCUGUCUCCCGGCUAAAGAAGACCUGGGCCAAAGUGAAGACUGCCAAGUUUGACAUUCUCGAGCAUCAGAUGGAUCCUUCAAGCAAUUUUUAUAAUUACCGAACAGCUCUCAGAGCAGCGGCACAAAGGUCUUUGAUGGCUCACAGUAACAGAGAGAAGAUUGUGAUACCCUUCUUCAGUCUCUUUAUCAAAGAUAUCUACUUCCUUAAUGAGGGCUGUGCAAAUCGUCUUCCAAAUGGUCAUAUUAAUUUUGAGAAAUUCUGGGAGCUGGCCAAACAAGUGAGUGAAUUUAUGAUAUGGAAACAAGUUGAGUGUCCCUUUGAAAGAGAGCGGAAGACUUUGCAGUAUCUGCUCACUGUUCCCAUCUUCAGUGAGGAUGCUCUUUACCUGGCUUCCUAUGAAAGUGAAGGUCCAGAAAAUAACAUAGAAAAGGACAGAUGGAAGUCUCUAAGGUCCAACUUCUUAGGCAGAACUUAACGUGAGAGAUGCUGAUGGCCACUGCUGUAGCUCACACCAUCGCUGCUGUGUAUUGGAUCCUUUAGGAACACAUCACGUCACCCUUGUUAUGUUCAACAUCCAGUGGUAGGAAAGUGAUGGGUACCUUGAACCCAGCAGAUGAAAGAGGGGCUUAUGUGAACCAAGAAAGCAGAUUCAUUUGAGAACAAAGGAGGAACAGACUUCCCACAGAUGACAGAUUGAGUCAUCCUGGGUGAGACUCAAACACUGACUGAGGGCAGUUUUGACAGAAUCCUCUGAAGCUACUGGAAUUGCCAUGUGAUUUGUCUUUCUCGGACUCUCCGUGGGAAUGAGUCACUCUGUACUCGAAAAGAGAAAGAGAGUCUAUGCCUACAUGCACCCUCUUGCAUUAUUUGGGUUGAAGAUUUGCUGCUAAUGGGCAUGCCAAGGCUCAAUGGUGACUCCUAAAAAGCCUAGAUUUCUUUGUUCACUUAGGAAUCAAAAAAAGAGAAGAACAAAGCCUCCAAUAAUCCAAGAAGCUCAUCUUCAUCAGUAUUGACAGACUGGCCCAAUGCUACGUACUUAGUUUGCUUCCAUUGGGUGUAUGAUACAGUGUGUUUUUUUCAUCAGUUUCCCCUAUCCCAUAAGGUAUUGAGUUAGCUGCUGGUUAGCAAACUCAUUUUUACUAAUAUAAAUUAUUUAAAAUAAUAAUGAAGAUUAAUGCUGUGGUGUGGAAGAUGGCCACUAGAAAACUUUCAUUUGAAGCUGAACUAUUUAAUUACUAACAAGUAGUUUUAUUUUCUUUGGCACUGUUUACGAAUUGCCUUUGUGUUGUAUUCUUUUCCUUCAAUAGUCUUUUUUGUUGUUAAUCAUAAUUAUGGAAAUUUUCUUUUCCUAUGUAAGUUCAAAUAGUUUUGCUUUUUGAAAAAGUACUCCUGGAGUCCCCAAUACAUCUAAAAUAUUCUCUGACA